AUGGGGGACGGCAAUGAUGAGGUCCUUAAGCGAGAUCAUACCGACUUAGGCGACUAUGAUGAAGAUGUGACUGCCGAGAUCCUAGCAAGGCUGCCGCUCAAAUCCUUGAUGCGAUUCCGAAACACCUUAGCUACGGAGAGAGGCAUCACCGAGAGCGCUCACAGGGUCAUUUGCAGGCUGGAUCCUCCUUUUGCGUUGGACUGUGAAGCCUUGGAAAGUGUUGAGGGUGAUGAUGUUCAUGGUGGUUGUGGUGGUCAGUUUGUCACUCGGUUGGACUUUAAAACUAACUGUCAUUUCCGUUAUAAAUAUCUUGUUGGUGCUUGCAAUGGCUUGGUAUGUGUGGGACAAUCUGGUACUGUUGACUCGAACGACAUUAUGUUAUGGAACCCUUGCACUAGAGACUCCAAGGUUUUACCAAAACCUCCUCGAGUUCACUAUGUGUCUUUUUAUGGAUUCGGGUAUGAUUCUACUAAUGACGACUACAAGGUGAUACGGGGUUUCUCUUAUUGGGAUGGUGCUCGUUCGAAAUUCACGAUUCACAUCUUCUCACUGAAACGAGGUUCAUGGAGGACUGUCAAAGACAUUGAUUAUGUUCAGAUUCUUACGCAGCAAGGGUUAUACUUCAAUGGAGCUCUGCAUUGGUUAUAUUGGGUACGCCAAGGGUGCUCAAGAAUUUUGUCUUUUGAUUUAGGAGCAGAGCAAUUUUAG